AUGCUGAACCAGGACGUCACAAUGUUUUGCGCCAAGGCCCAGAGCGUCUAUAAAGAAUUCGGUGGCGUCGUCCUGAAAGAAGAAGAAUCAGCGGCGUUAGCAGCAGCUCUCGGCGCGGAAGGCAAAGGUAUGAUCCUAAGACACCACGGCCUACUUACCGUCGGAGGUACUGUUGACGAGGCUGCAUAUCUUUUCCUGCUUAUGGAAAAGAGCUGCCAAAUUCAGCUUGCGACUGAUGCAGCCGCUGCUGUUGGCCGUCAGAAGGUUUACAUUGACGAUGCAGCGGCUCGGUACAAUUUUGAAAGUACCAGUGAGUCGGAGCGUUUGUAUGCUGAGUUCCAGGUGUACUUGCAAUACGAAGCGGUUGUAUCUCACGAUGGGUACAAAGCUCUAUGA